CAUUGCACUCAUAUUUCUCACACCUUCCUCCAAUUUGAAAACAAUAUAAAAACCAUCUUUUCUUCUAACAUUCCUUCAAGCAAGCUUAGAUCUAAUCACAAGCAAGCUUGGAAAAAAAAUGAAGAAAGUAGUGGUGAAGAUGGACUUACAUGAUGAUAAGAUCAAGAGAAAAGCUAUGAAGACAGCAUCUGGCCUAUCUGGGAUUGAAUCAGUUUCUGUUGACUUGAAAGACAUGAAAUUGGUGCUAUUGGGUGAGAUUGAUCCAGUUAGUGCAGUGUCGAAGCUACGAAAAUGGUGUCACACAGAAUUAAUUUCAGUUGGACCAGCAAAAGAAGAGAAAGAGAAAGAGAAGGUGGAUCCACCAAAAGUGACUGUUCCUGUUUACGAAAACUAUCCCUUCUAUUAUUAUCCUUAUCAUAUGGUACCACCACUGUAUAAUUAAAAUUGAUUAAUAGAUUACAUGUGUUGAAGAGAAUUCUAUAUAUUAGAAAGUUCGAUGGAAAGUAAUCCUUUUUGUUGUUGUUGGUUUUUUUCAUAAUUUUUGUGGUCUGAUCCAAGGGUGAUUAGUGUAUUGGACUGUGCCAUUUUGUAACAAAAUUUUGAUGUGUUGAUCAUCAUGAAUAAGAUUGGAGUAGAAAAUCUUUCCUUUUUAA